AUGGACGGCAUUGCUGGCGCUGGAGUACCAGGGCCAAAGGGCCCUCAUGGACAAGAAGGAGAAAUCGGAGAAGCUGGUGAUAUGGGAGUAGAUGGAAAAGAAGGCCUCAUAGGAUAUCCGGGCACUCGAGGACUGCCUGGUCCCGUUGGAGCAAAUGGAAAUACUGGAGAAGUGGGAGAAGCUGGCAUAGAAGGAGAAGCAGGAAAUGAUGCUGAGUAUUGCCCAUGCCCCAGAGUUCGCAGAGAGUAUUCUCCAUUAACGAAACGAUUGUUGUAA